UACAUAUACGUCUACGACCUCGACGUUCACCUCGACAGCCGAGCCGUUGCAAGCGAUCUGGCAUGUCAGACCAUUGCACAGGCGUUCCCUCGUUCGAUUUGAAUGCGAGUCCUUGUCUAUGGCGCCGUCGAAAUCCUGUACCGAGACGACAAGGCAAGGCGCAAGGAUGUGCGCAACAUCAAGUCGUGGCCCCGCGACAUUGGGAUCGACCACGCCUACACCCUCAAGGUCGUUGAGGUCGAGUUGACGGCAUCCCGGACGGCCUUCCCCUUCUCACAUGCCGGCUUUGACCACCUCCCAGGACUCUGAGGCGCAGUCCAGCCCAGCGUGCCUGUCGCUUCGGAAAUGUCGAGUAUGAAUCCGAAGGGCUGCUGCGCCGGGCUCCGCAUCCGUCGCGAGGGCGGCACGCAUGACAGCUGGACCACAGUCACGCACCCGUGGCUACAAGGGGGGGCGCCACCAAUCAGCAUGGCCAGGCUGGAACGCGGCGUCCGCAUGUUUGGCGCCAACAUGGCCACGGCGGCGAAACGGACCAAUGGCUGGCUCAACAAGGACACAGAAAGAUGGGCGCCGGCCGAGAGUCGCGACCAGCAGCGGCAGCGGCAGCGGCAGCAGCAGCAAGGUGUGCUAGGGACCAACAUAUACGUCGCGGGUGAGAAAACGAAGGUCGGCACCAUUAGCGCAUGUUAUGACAAUCCCCUCAGCUUGGAGGUCAAGGAGCUUCUCUUUCCCCUCGGCAUCGAUCACGACCUCAGCCUCAUCACGGCGUCCGAGGGCGCGCUGCUGCCCCCAUGACGCAGAUCCCCAACCACGCCCGCAUCGCCAAGACGUUCAUAACGCCGAAUGAGAUUUUGAACGCAGAGUCGCUACAAGCGCGAUCGGCGAGGAGGCCAUUUCGUGAUAGGCGCCGCCCGCAACGCCGUGGUGGCCGGGACGGAGUACUGGUGAGAGCAGCGCCACCUAAAGAUCAAGCGCGCCAUCAUUUAGCGGACCUUGAUCGACGACUGGCCCCUGCGAGGCGGCUCUGGCGGCGUCGUGUGUCUAGGAAAUCCGGCUGCAGAAACCUGCCGAGCGGCU